CACAUAAAAAUAUUAGAACAGUGCAUGGCACACUCAGUAGAUGUUUCAAAACAAAACAAAAGCCUGUCUCUCCUAUUGUGGGCACUGUAGGUUUUCAUGUAUUUUAUUUAAAACUCCGAUAGCUAGGGAGAUGUAAGGGAACAAGGUUAAUAGUAACAGCAGAUAUUCUUCCCUCCUCAGAGAUCUUAUCAGCAACCGAACUUUUCAAAGCUUUAAAAAUAAAAGUUCCAGGAGCAGCAGCAGCAGCAACUGUUCUUGCUUUAGUCUGGACCUGCUGGGGAAAGUGUCUGUUUCUUGGGUUGUGAAAGUUGGUUAUAUCUGGUUACCACUGAGGCUCCUCAGGGUAGGAGGAGUUUUCAUGGACAGCUGGAUAAUGGACUAGAUCUUAUUUUUACCCUUAUUUUCAAAGUCUCAUUACAGUGUCUCAUGAUUUAGAAGUGUAAGAAUUCUUUUUCCUUUUUUGAAAAUGGGGAAAAAAGAGACCAGGGUUGAUAUGGCUUGAAUACACCAGCUACCCCAAAUGCUCUACCUUUGACUUCUCCUCAAGUGCCCAAAGCAGCAUAAGAAAUCAGAGAGUUUUAUUCACUCCUGUUCUUCUAUAAGUUCACAUUCAAGGAGACAGUGUAGUAGAGAGGAAAGAGUACUUUUCCACUAACUAGACGUGUCUGGAAUGCUUAAAGCUUAGCUAAAACUCGUAUGCCCUCUCAGCUAAUAUCCUCAUCCAUGAAAUGAGGAUCCAUGAGAUUAUCUGACCUACCUACCUCCUCUGUGCAGAUCAAUGAGAGGCUGUGUGUGAAGCCCUACGUGAGUAUAAGGUAACUGGAAAUGGACAGAGAUGCUUCUGCUCCUUUCCCAUUCUCCUUCCGCCUCCAGGAGUCCCGACCACUACAUGUUGUGCUGGGAAAUGAAGCCUGUGACUUGGACUCCAUGGUGUCAGCUCUCACCCUGGCUUUUUACUUGGCAAAGACGACUGAGGCUGAGGAAGUCUUUGUGCCAGUUUUAAAUAUAAAACGUUCUGAGCUACCUCUACGAGGCGACAACGUCUUCUUCCUUCAGAAGAUUCACAUUCCAGAAUCCCUCUUGAUUUUCCGGGAUGAGAUUGACCUCCAUGCAUUGCACCAGGCUGGCCAACUCACCCUCAUCCUUGUUGACCAUCAUGUCUUACCCAAAAGUGACGCAGCCCUAGAGGAGGCAGUAGCAGAGGUGCUAGACCAUCGGCCCGUCGAGCAGAAACACUGCCCUCCCUGCCAUGUUUCAGUUGAGCUGGUGGGGUCCUGCGCUACCCUGGUGACGGAGAGAAUCCUGCAGGGGGCACCAGAGAUCUUGGACAGGCAAACUGCAGCCCUUCUGCAUGGAACAAUCAUCCUGGACUGUGUCAACAUGGACCUUAAAAUUGGAAAGGCAACUCUAAAGGAUAACAAAUAUGUGGAGAAAUUGGAGGCCCUCUUCCCAGAUCUGCCCAAGAGAAAUGAUAUCUUUGAUUCUCUGCAAAAGGCAAAGUUUGAUGUGUCAGGACUCUCCACUGAGCAGAUGCUGAGAAAGGACCAGAAGACAAUCUCCAGACAAGGCACCAAGAUGGCCAUUAGUGCAAUAUAUAUGGAUUUGGAGGCCUUUCUGCAGAGGUCUGGCCUCACUGCAGAUCUGCAUGCCUUCUGCCAGGCUCACAGCUAUGAUGUCCUGGUCGCCAUGGCUAUCUUUUUCAACACUCACAAUGAGCCAGUGCGGCAGUUGGCUGUUUUCUGUCCCCAUGCAGUGCUCCGAAUGACGAUCUGUGGAGCCCUGGAACGUUCCCACUCUCCAUCCCUGAAGCUGACCCCUGUCCCAAGCACCCACCCUAACCUCCAAGCCUAUCUUCAAGGCAACACCCAGGUCUCUCGAAAGAAACUUCUGCCUCUGCUCCAGGAAGCCCUGUCAGAGUAUUUUGACUCCAUGAAGAUCCCUUCAGGGCAGCCUGAGACAGUUGGUUUGUCCAGGGAGCAAGUGGACAAGGAAUUGGACAGGGCAGGUAACUCACUGAUGCCUGGACUGAGUCAAGAUGAGGAGGAGCCUCCACUGCCCCCCACACCCAUGAACAGCUUGGUGGAUGAGUGCCCUCUGGAUCAGGGGCUGCCUAAACUCUCAGCUGAGGCCAUCUUUGAGAAGUGCAGUCAGAUCUCGCUGUCACGCUCUACUGCUGCCUCCCUGUCCAAGAAGUGACUGUUGGGAGGGAAGGGGAUAGUGAGAGAGGUUGCUUGAACCACCUCGAAUGCAUGUUUUGAGAUGUUUCAGCAGUUCUGUCUUUAUUGCUCCAGGAUCUGGUGUACUGUUCUCAUAAACCUGGGAGGAGAGAGAACUGGAAGAAAGCAGCUGCUUUAGGAAUGGCUUUCUGCCUUGUCCCCCUAAUCUCUACCAAUCAGACAAAUUUUAUUGUUUAAUUUAAAUUUUUAAAUCUACAUUGACUCUCUUCUGUUUCAUUUGCCAAGGGCACAAUGUAAUACAUACACAGUUCCAGCAGAGCAGCACAAAAAGAAUGUGUACACCAAAAGUGCCCUCAGUAAGGCUCUUUACCAGAACAAAUAUCUCUCAUGGAACCAAACGUUCAUAUAUUGAAUCCAUGUCUCCAUGUAUUCAUUUAUUGUCUUAGUAAUUCAAGUAUUUAUUGAAACCCUACUUUAAGCUAGAUAGAAAAUAGAGUGUGCUUCAGAAACUUAUUCCAGUUUUUAGGCUGUAGCAGAUUUCCAGCUCCAUAACUCCUCUUUCUGCCCCCAGUUUGGUGAUGGUGUCUGAUUCUGAGAUGGCUAAAUUUCUAUUCUGAGCUUAUUGUGACUCUCAGGAUUGUUUAGAAGCAGAUUGGAGGCCAUUAUCUUCUGUCCUGAUCAGGUUUUCAGUUUCUUUGGAUCUCUCUGUCCCAGAGCCACAGGGACCCUGAAGAAACCCAGAAGACCCCUGGUUCUUGAGAGUUCAGGAGACACCCAGGAAGGCCUUAAGACCUCAUAGGCACUCUUCACAAAAGACAGCAAAACUGCAUUGAGAGCCCUGGCUCUGUCCCCUGCCUGGGUGGAUCAGUCAAUUUCUUGUCCAUCUCAUUCUCUUCUUGCUCAUAGUAAUAAAGGAAGCAUGAAGUUCUAAUACUGACGGCCAUGAACUAUGUGUCUUUUGACAAGAUACUUCAUUUCUCUAGGUCUCAUUUUUCCCAUCUAUAAAACUAAGGAUCUGGACGAGAUGUUCUCUGGUAUUCUGUGAUCUGCCUCUUGCUGCCAUUGUUUCUCUCCUCUGCUUUUCUGUAUUUUUUUUUUUCUGUUUUCCCUGGGAAUUUUCAGGGUCACUGGAUUGUCUGUAUUUAUAUGUGAUUGUACCAAGAGACUCAGCCUCAUGUAGCAUGUACAGAGGUAUGAUUCAUACAUAGUGACCCAGCAAAGAGCUCCCUCCCACUGACUUGUUCUGCAUGUGUAGAGUCUCCCUUUUUUCUUCAGACCAAACUGUUCCCCCUUUUCCUACCCCACAGCUCUAUUCCAUGUAAGUUGCCAAUGGUUUCACUGAACAGUAGGGUCUGUGAUAGUUUUGGCAUGAUGUCUUUAGUGUGUGGGGGACAGUCUGACUUUACUUUGAGGGUAUGAUGUGUGUAGCCAUUGGAAGGUAAAAAUAGUGGUGUGAUUACUGAACCAAAGGAAUUUAUGUUUUGUAACUUGGGUACUUUAUUUUGUAUUUUGUUAAAGUAUUAAAUACUUUUUUUCCUGUU